AUGAGAAAGAAAUACGGCUCCGUGAAGGAGCGCGAGGCGUCCUUUGACGGCGUCUACAAGGCCGGCGAGAUGGUCUACUGGCACCUGUCGACGCCGUCGGGCGAGACGAUGGCCAUCAACGGGUUUUACUUCGAUCCUACAAAGACUCACAUGGACAGGGUCGGGUGCUUCACGUGCAAGGUGAAGGAGUUUGGGUGGGCUCCGGGCGCAACAGAGCCUCCCUCGGUGCGCCAUCUGCGGAAUUCGCCCGAGUGCCCGUACUCCAGGGUGCUCAGCAGCAGACAUUUGCACGAGAGCGAGGGCCUGGGCUGGGACGAGAACGACUUAUUUGCUAGCGUGCAGGAUUCGGCAGAUAUACGCCACCAGACGUUCAAGAUGGCAUGUUGGCCGCAUGAGCGGAACAAGAAGAUGCCAUCCAGUCGCGAGCUGGCCGAAAACGGGUUCUACUACGCUUCAUACGAGAAGGGCGACGACACCACCACAUGCAUGUACUGUGGCACGAGUCUGGAGGGCUGGGAGGCCGGCGACAGCGUUGCCGAGGAGCACCGCAAGCGCAGGCCCGACUGCUAUGUGUUUGCAGGGCGAAGGCGCAGCGGGGUGUACUCCAGACGGGCCAGCGACGUGAACAUGGAUGUGGUGGAGAUCUCGGACGUUUCCGUUGAGAGGGUGAUCCAGGAGCUGCCAGAGGGGGAGGAUGUGGGGAAAGACGCUGACGAGGCAGCGCAGAAGGAGCAGCAGGAAGAGGAGGCUGACCGCCAGCUGUUGGAUAAUAGCGAAGAACUUGUGGAUGCUGGAGAUCUCGAGAAGGUGGCAGAACCAAAGGAAGCCGAUGCUGCGGGUCCACAAGAGACAGAGGUUGCACAGCCCGUCAAGCGGCCUGCACCGGUGCUGGACGACAUGCGACUGGAAGAGGAGAUAGUAGAAGACGAGAGCGUCGAAGGGGAGGCCGAGCCUGUUGAGAUUCCGAUGUCCACGCUGAACGAAUUGGAGGAUCUUUUCUUUGUGGAGGACUCGCGACGGUCGUCCACCUUCUUUAACCGUUCGCGGUCUUCGUUUGGCGAGCGCGCGUCCGAAGCGGCCGAGAGACAACUAGAGCCUGUUCGGGAGCCAGAGGACGAGAAAGUGCCAGAGCCAAUUGAAGAGGAGCAUGAGCAGGCGGAAGACGUACCAAUGGAGCAUAUUCCCGAUUUCAGUGUACCAGAGCUGGAAGUGCCGGACAGUCAGAGCAUUCCCAUGGGAAUCGAAGAGUCUUUGCGAGAAAUCAAACAGCUGGAUCCUGUUGGUCCAGCAGACGGUAUGGACAUGCUUGAUGAAAGCACUCGCGAUGACAUACUAAUGAAGGAGACCGGAGAGCCGGUCGAACAGCCCGAACGGCAGCAGGAAGAGCAGCUAGCGGAAGACCUGUCCUCCAAAAAGCGAAAGAAGCAUGAAGAAAAGCACAGAAAACACCACAAGCGCAAGAAGGCGGCGAAGGAGAAGGAGAGAGAGAAGGAGAGAGAAAAGGAGAGGCAGAAGGAGGCCGAGAAAAAGAGGAAGAAGGAGAAAAGAGAGAGGAAGAAGGAGAAAGAAAAGAAAAGGAAAGAGAAGGCGCUCCGGAAUGGGCUCAAGGAGCGUGAGGCCGAGAAAUCCGUUCAGUCGCUAGUCCCGGCCGAAACAGACUCUGCUUAUGAAGCUCCGGAGCCUGCUCCACACACAGAGCCCAAGAAGUACGUGGAGGAGCUCGUGGAGACGGACUUCUCGGAGGAGGAGAUGGAGCCAAAGGCUGAGCAUAAAAUGGAAAGCAUUGAAGAGGAGGACGAAACAAAAGCUGAGGAGGAAAAAACGGAGGAUGAACCUAAUGCAAAGGUGGAAGAGUUGCAGGCUAAUGAUGACGACGAAAACGAGGUGCUGCUGGACGACGAAAAUGCCACGCCUCUUCCUGAGGUUUCAAGAGUGCCAACUGUAUCUCCAGCAGGGCUGGUUGGGAGGGACGUUCGUGUGCGUUCACGGCUUGUUGAUGGGCACAUCAUCUCGUCAGACGAUCCUCUCUCGUUCCGGAGAAGAGCGAAGCGGAGAGCACGGAAGCUCAAGGAGACCCCAAGCACAGAAAGCAAGGACUCUGAGGCUAACACUUUAGAGAAAGCUGAGCCGGAACCAGAGUCAGAGACAAACGUGGCUCGUGAGCGCACCAAGCUUGCGGAGACGGGCGAGUCGGUCGCGCUAUACGAACGCCAUAUUUUUCCCGAACGGGUGCAGAUCUACGAACAGCAAGACACAAAGCAUGAAGAAAGCACUAGACGGGAGAAGGACGAAGAGGACGAGCACGCUUCUGGAACAGCUGCAGAGCCAGAGCAACUGCAGCUACCGUCUGCAGAACCACCUGUGCCAACGGCCCAAGACAUGGACUCGUCGCCCAAUCGGGCUCUUUCUGAGAGACGGGAAACCGGGCCCAAGGACGGCUUGCAGUGCGCAACCAGCGAGCCUGCGAAGUCCGGCCACUCUCUGUCCAACCUAUCGCUCAACAUUGAACACCUAUCCGAGAACCAGAGCACUCCAGAGGUGAGCAAGGGCCCGCUCUGGGAGCCGAUCAAAAAGCGAUCGCACACGGAGGAGUUCAACGAGGCCAUCAAGUAUACACAGGAACUGCUCGACUCGGACUACCGGUCGCUGAAUGACGACCUGGAGGGCAAGCUGACGAGCUUUGUGGCGGAGAUGCCAGAAGAAGAGCUCGAGAUGACUCUGAAAGAGUGGAUCAACUACCAGGCAGACCAGGCGGCCAAGCUGGUGGCGCAAAAGACAGAGGACAUGGUGCGCGGGUUCCGGGAGGACGCUGCGCGCGCGCUGAAGGUUCUGGAGUCCCUGCCGGUGGCGGAAGAGACCGGUGAGGAUGUGGUAUUCUAG